ACCGAUCGUGACCUAUGUUUUUGAUAAAUCAUCAAAGUGUAAAUUUUAAUUUCAUGAAUUAAUAAACAUUGUUAUUUUAAUCCAAUCUUGUCCACUACAGUGUUAGUGACAAGUUAUGUGUAGGUAACAUGUAUGCGUGCUGAAAUACGUAAAGAUUUUAAAGUCGUGUUGUGUAACCUAUAAAUUUCCUGUGAUAUUAAUUAUAAUAUAUGUACCUACUAGUUAAUUGGUAUGGAUAACGAUAAUAAGAAUGUUGUUCGCGUCGGCUCCAGGAAAAGCGAGUUGGCGUUAAUACAAACAAAUUAUGUCAUAGACUGCCUCAAGAAGCUUUAUCCACAUAUGGAAUUUACAAUAGUAACCAUGACAACGCUCGGGGACCGCAUACUCAACGUCUCUCUACCGAAGAUAGGCGAAAAAUCUCUCUUCACGAAGGACUUGGAAGAUGCUCUUCGGUCCAACACUGUGGACUUCGUGGUACAUUCCCUGAAGGACUUGCCUACUUCCUUGCCGGAGGGCUUGGCGAUUGGUGCUGUGUUUGAAAGAGAGGACCCUCGCGACGCGCUAGUGUUAAGAGAAGAUGUGAAAGACUGCACACUAGCUACAUUACCCGCUGGUUCGGUUAUAGGUACAUCGUCCCUACGCCGCACCGCGCAACUCAGGGGCGGAUAUCCACAGCUGUCGAUAGUCGACGUGAGGGGCAACCUGAACACGCGGCUACGUAAGCUCGACGCGCCCACUCGGGAAUACUCCGCGCUGCUCCUGGCUAGUGCUGGCCUGCAGAGGAUGGGAUGGAAGGAUAGGAUAUCGAAGGUGUUACCAUGUUCGGAGAUGAAGUACGCGGUCGGCCAGGGCGCUUUAGCAGUGGAAUGCCGGGUCGACAAUGAUAAUAUACUACAGAUGCUGGCGGCUUACAAUCACGCCGAGACCUACUGUAGAGUGUUGGCCGAGAGAAGCUUCUUGAAGACUCUCGGUGGCGGCUGCAGCGCACCAGUUGGCGUCUCCACUUCACUCAAACCAUUUGAAGGCAACUACAAGUUGAGUAUAACAGGCUGCGUCUGGAGUUUGGACGGACAGACAAAAAUAGACCAUAAAAUGGAGCAAACAUUCGCGCAGAUCAAACGAACAACCAAGCACAAGUUAAGUCCAGAAGAAGAGGGUAGUAGCAAAAAGAUUAAAGAAGAAGAAAUAAGAAGUAAAGAAGACAAUUUAAUACAUCCACUAGCAGAGCUAGAUAAGAAGAUUCUUGAAAAGAAAUCGUGUGAAGAUGUGAAGGAAAAACGUAUAUUUUGUGGUCUAAGUGAAAACAUGAGCGUGCCUAUUGAUGUUAUAAUAAAAUGUGAAAAUUUGGGUAGGGAUUUGGCCGAAGCGUUGAUUGAGAAAGGCGCGUUAGAAGUUAUGAAAGUAACUCAAGAUUUAAUAAGGAGUUCCAUAGAAAAGAGUUCUUGAUUAAAACUACUUGUUUAUGUUUAUCUAGGAAAAUUAUUUAGUUGAUAUUGAAGUAUAUCAUGUGAAUAUAUUUUAUUUCUGUUAAAAACACUUAAUGAACUCUGUUCGUUUAAAUGCCAAGAUGCAACAGAGAGAACACUUUCGCAUUUAUAACAUGAAAUCUUUUACUAUUACAUUGCUCAAAAUAACAUUAUUUUAGGUAAAAGAGUAUAUAUUAUAUAUUAAAUUAAUCCUUUUCAUAUUUAAAACACUACCUGCUCAAAAUUGGAUUAUUUGGGAAAAAAAAUCUUAUCAUCUAAAACAGCUAUCCCCAACCCGCUGCCCGCGG